GAACUCUAUCGGAGAAACGCAGAAAUAUAUUUCAGAAUCAGUUUUAGUUGUCCUAGACAUACAUGACGUAACAAUUUGGUGCAGUUUGCCUAGUGGCCAUUUUGUUUUGAAUCGCACGGCUGAUUAAGGUGUCCAUCUGUCCAUUCAGCGUGGCGAGAGAGGCAUACAAGCACGACAAUGGAUUCAAAACGGCAUGAACGCAGUUCCAAGUCGAAUACAGAUUCACCACCAGCUCCACCUUCGCCUCCUAUGUAUAGUGCAAGUUAUACAACAUAUGAUGGGUACAAAAACAGAUUGUCGUCGCGUCGUUCACCUUCACCUUUGGACUAUAGAAGCAGUAGAACGUCCCGAAAUGAUUCACCACAGGACAGACGUAGAAGAAGACGCAGUACUUCAAAAUCUCCAUCUAGAUCACAUAAACGAUCUCGAUCUCCUGAUAGAGAUAAAGAUAGAGAUAGAGAUAGAGAUAGAGAUCGAUCACGGAAAUAUUCUAGAAGAGAUAGAUCCAGAUCUAGAUCAAGAGGAAGAUCGCGUUCCAGAGAUAGAAGACGUAGUCGCAGUCGUAAUAGAAGUAAAGAUAGACAUAGAGGUAGAGAAAGUCGUAGAUACUAUAGAGCACCAUCGUAUGAAUCAGAUGUUGCUGAAGAUAAUACAGAAACAACUGCAUCUCAACCAGUUGUUCCUCCACAAUCUAAUGCUUUUAAGAAUGAUGGUAGCUUUAUGGAAAUGUUUAAAAAAAUGCAGGAACAAAUGCAACCUGCACAAAAAUCAGCGACUUCUGUUUUAGAAGAAAAAACUGUUAUUCCUCCACCUUUAAUAGUAGGAAAGAGGCGAGGAGGUAGAAUUUUAAAAACUGGAAUGGUUGCUAAACCAAAGACUGAACAAACUGUUGAACAACCCAAGGAUGCUUGGUCACUUUAUAUGGCUGAGGUGAAAAAGUAUAGAGAAGUUUGUUGUCAGGAAGAAGACAACACGAGACCAUUGGUUAAAUAGCUGAUUUUAGAGUUCCAAUCUUUCCAUUCUGUUACUUUGUUUAAUCUACAAUGAAUGUACUUUCAAAAGAUGCUGUGUUUCUUUAAUUACAUCAUGGUUGCAUUUAAAUAUAGAAGAAUAGCCAUUAACCAAGUUUAGAAAAGACCUCUACAUAUAGUAAAAUUAUUUAAAAUUUACAAAAACUUUUAAUUAACACUCUUCAUUAUUUGAGAAAAAAUACUUCUGUAAAAAUGUAUGCAAAUAUGAGUCUUUUUUUGAAUUACUAGAUAGAAUGUACAGUAUAUGUUAAUCAGAAAUUAUAAAUAUAUAGUAUCACAAAUUAUUAAAUAUUUCAACUUAAAGAGCAUUAUUAAUGUAAUAUUGAGAAUGAAAACAAGAACUGUAGUGCAGAAGCAAUUAAUGUUUGUGAUAGUGUAUUAUGUGAUGCAAGAGACAAACGGACUAAAGCGAGAGACAAACAUAUAAAGAGUUUGCCUUGUAAGAGGAAGGGAGGGUGACAGUUUGUAGUACUUUCAAUAAAUAUAAUAGAUUAAAUAACUUGUAACUUGUUAAGCAGCAUCAAUAUGGUAAAAUAUACUCAACUUGGAAAUGCGACAACACUAGAAACCCCAGCUGAUUUGAAACC